CUGGGGCGGGACUUGCCGGGUUAGUCCCACCUGCUCAGUCCGCAAACCAAUGGGAAGCGGGUCGCGCGCGCACAGAGCAGUGGGAAAGGCGCUGAGGCCGCGAGUACGCCGUUGCCUUAACAACCGGUCGCAGAGGUGUUCAUUCGGCGAUGGCCUCUAAUUUUAAGAAGACAAACAUGGCAUCCAGUGGCCAGAGAAAAAGAAUGAGCCCUAAGCCUGAACUGACUGAAGAACAGAAACAGGAAAUCCGGGAAGCUUUUGAUCUCUUUGAUGCUGAUGGAACUGGAACUAUAGACAUUAAGGAGCUCAAGGUUGCAAUGAGGGCCCUGGGCUUUGAACCCAAGAAAGAAGAAAUCAAGAAGAUGAUAAGUGAAAUUGAUAAGGAAGGAACAGGAAAAAUGAACUUUAGUGAUUUUUUGACAGUGAUGACUCAAAAAAUGUCCGAGAAAGACACCAAAGAAGAAAUCCUGAAAGCUUUCAAGCUCUUCGAUGAUGAUGAAACUGGGAAAAUAUCAUUCAAAAAUCUGAAGCGUGUGGCCAAGGAGUUAGGAGAGAACUUGACUGAUGAAGAGCUGCAGGAAAUGAUUGAUGAAGCUGAUCGAGAUGGAGAUGGCGAGGUCAAUGAGCAAGAGUUCCUGCGCAUCAUGAAGAAGACCAGUCUCUAUUAACAUCAGUGCUUCCUUUUCUACUUCAAGCACAUGUAAUUAGACUUAGUGCCUGCCAUUUUGUGAAAUAUGGCUUUUGAGAACCCCCCUCUUCCAACCUCUGGGGUAACUAGCCGUGACCUUGAAUCUAUUUUUGACUUUUGGAAGUUUCUUUGAUAUUAAGUUCUUUGUACAUUUACCUGCUGACUAAUUCAACAGCGCAGAACAAGAGCACAGAGUGGGGAAAGGGUCUGAGGGUGCGACUGUGGCCACUCCACUUCCCAUUAUUUCAUGUUGCUCAUGCAUGCUCACACAGCUGCAAACAUAUAGUGGCUUCUUAGAUGUCUACGUAUCCAUGUCGCCAUAAGCAGUGGUUGUUCUAAAAUUGUUCAUUUUUAGUUGACACUAGAGUGCAGUUUUUUCCUCUCAUAAAACCCAACAAAUGCUUGUUAUGACAUUUAGAUAUGUGUUAAUUCAUUUGUUUUGUUUUAAAAAUAAAACUUUUCUUAAUUUAA